AUGAGCUUUACAAUUCCCAGUAAUGAACUGAUUACCGAUGCGCUUGGUGAUAUUUCUCAAUUACCAGAUGAUAUGAAAAUGGCAGUGACAAAUAGAAUUGAGAAGAGUUUUAAACCAAUACCUCGACCUCGGAAUGGUGACUGGUUAGCACAAUAUGAAGAAAGUGGACAAACUAUGAAAUCAUUUCAGAUAAAUCUAUCAAAGGCUGUUCCUCAUGGAACUCAUAAUACAAUCUAUAUUCAGCCAAUCGGCAGUUUUGAUCAUCCAAGAGCUCCACCAGUUGAUGUGAUUAAUGAAUUUGCUAGAGCAUUUUUUUCUGGAUGUGAAGUUGAAUUAUUACCAACUGUUGAUUUUACUAAUAAUAUGAAAAAACGAGAUCGUGAUGGACAACCUCAAUAUUUAACGGGUGAUAUACAUCAUUAUCUUUGUCAAACACGUUCAAAACGUGACUCGCGACGUGAACUUUUAUGUGUUGCUGUAACUAUGGCUGAUAUUUAUCCUGAAGAAGAUUGGAAUUUUGUUUAUGGACAAGCUUGUUUUGUUGAGCAUGUUGGUGUGUAUUCAUUUGCACGUCUUGAUCCAUUAUUUUAUCGAGCAACUGCUGAAGAAAUUCAUCGAACUCCAUUAACUGAACAACAUAGUAUUAUCAUACUUCGACGUUGCAUAAAAAUUAUAUUACAUGAAGUUGGUCAUAUAUUUGGUUUAUAUCAUUGUAUAUAUUAUCUUUGUUUAAUGAAUGGUUUCAAUAAUGAAACGGAAAUGGAUUGGAAACCUUUACAUUUAUGCCCUGUAUGUUUGCAUAAACUUUAUUCAACACUUCAAUUUGAUAUUCGACAUUUAUAUGCAACAUUUGCAAACCUAUGCGAUACAUACGGACUUGAAAAAGAAUGUAAAUGGUAUCGAAAACGUCUAGAAUAUCUUCAAUAA